AUGUCAAAUCGAAGAAAAACAACCCCUGUACGUCUUGGUGUAGUAGACGACUUGGAUAGUAAAAAAAUUAUUAAAAAUGAUUUUAUAGAUGAAAUAGAUACAAAUUAUACAACACCAGACCAUCCUUCUACUUCAUCUUUUGGACAUCAACGACAACAUAUAAAUGAUGACGAUGAUAACAAUAAGACACCAAGUAACGCCUUAGAAGCAAUUACAUGUGAUUCUGAUAUAAAUGAGAAAAAAGACGAUAAUUUAAAAAAAUUAAUUGAAAAUGGUUGCACUUUUUUAAAUAAUUCGGACAAUAAUUCAAAUGAAUUAUCUAAUGAAUGCAUCAAUGUGAUUUUCGCAGAUGGUACAAUGUCGGAUGAGACAAACAAAAAACAGAUUGCACAGCAGUUAAGAGGUUCCUCAUCAAAUUCAUCAUUGGUACCUUUUAUAAGAAUAACUAAUUCACCAACCAAUUCUUUGAAUGCCCUGCCGUCUCCCAAUAAAAGUGUUACUUCAAAUAUCUCAGAUAACACAAACAUAUCUAACAAUUCUCCUACAUUUAUUAAUCCUGAAUUGCCAGAGCUCAUCAAUAAUAUUGAAAGUAACAAUUUGGAACCAACAAUUGUAAAAGAAGUUAAUAAAGUUAUUAAUAGUUUAGAUACCGUUCAUAAUAGACUUGAUAUUCUUACCUCACUAAUUUCACAUUUAAGUAGUGUUAAAGAAAGUAUUGUUGAAAAAGAUAAAGCAUCAAAAGAAGCUGAAAGAGGAAAAGAAUUUCUUAAAAAAAUUAAAGAAAAAGAAGAGGAUCAGAAGAAAAAAGAUUUAAAUACAAUGAAUAGUAAUAAUUUUCAAGAUCUUUUACUUCAACAAACUUUGUUGCUACAAAAUCCAACUGUUGGUAAUGUCGCACAGAAUAUUUCCAAUAAUACUGGUGGUCUUAAUAAUAACCAAUCAUCAUUUCAAAACAUCAUAGGUUUAAGAGAAUCAAAUUAUGAAUCAUUACUUGCAUUACAACAAUUAGGUAAUCCUUUGUUUAAUGCUAUGUUAAAUGCUUCAUCUAAUCAGUUACCACCCUUAAAUUCAAAUGCAAUUUUAAAUCAACAAUUACUUCAAUUAGCAUUUGCUAGUAUUGGUAAUGGAUCUGGAAAAAAUAUACCACUUUUUGGAUAUACAAAUUCUAAUGAUCAACCAUUAAAUUUAAGCAAAAAUAGCACCUCUGAUAGUCCUCAUCUUGAUAAUGAUACCUAUGAUAAUAGUAAUACACAUGAUGUAUCUGGUAAGACCUCAGAGACAGACUCUAAUAAUAGCUCUACAAGACAAUCUAAUGUUAUAUCACCAAUAAACCAACGCCUAUUUACCAUAGCAAAUGGCAAUUAUAUAUCCUCUGGCAAUGGAACAGUUAGUGAAAAUAUAAACAAUACUCUUAAUGAAAAUCAAUCUCCAUUUUCUUCUGGAAAAAGUUCACCAGGAGGAAAUAGUAGUGUCUCAAGUAACUGUGCAUCAAUUAAUUUAAAUCCUUUUGAUUCUAAUCAAUUAAAUAAUUCUUUAAAUAAUUCAUUAUUGGAUAAUGGUAUUAAUUAUUCUAAUCCUGUCAACUUUAGACCAUGUCAAUCAAAAUCACCUAAUCAUAUAAAACGUCCAAUGAAUGCAUUUAUGGUUUGGGCACGUGAUGAAAGAAGAAAAAUUCUUAAAAAAUGUCCUGAUAUGCACAAUAGUAAUAUUUCUAAAAUUCUUGGUAGUAAAUGGAAAGCAAUGUCUAAUCAGGAAAAACAACCAUAUUAUGAAGAACAAAGUCGUUUAUCUAAACUUCAUAUGGAACUUCAUCCUGAUUAUCGUUAUCGUCCACGUCCAAAAAGAACAUGUAUAGUUGAUGGAAAAAAAGUUCGUAUAAACGAGUAUAAAAAUAUAAUGAAAAACAAAACUGUUACCGGUUAUCCAAACGCAACUACUCAAUCCAAUGAAAGUUGGAGUCUUCAUGGAGACAGUAAUAAUCAAUUAAUACCUAAUAAAAUCAAUCAAACUUCCUCAUCUAAUAGUACAAAAAAUGGAAAUAUUCCUUUAUCUACAUUAAAUGUUUCAGCUGCAUUUGCUGCUGCAGCAUCAUCUGGAUCUCUUCAAAAUUAUCCAGCUAGCUUAUUGAAUGCUGUUGGAUUAAGUGAUUUUAAUGCUGUAUCACUUUUUGGAGAUUUAUCAACACAUAAUUCUCAAAAACAAGUGAUGCAAACUGCCGAGUAA